AGAUCGUCCCUUCCAAUUUCGGUGACGCGUGUGUAACCUGCAACUCGCCGCGACCAUGAGCUCAUAAACCUUUCUUGAAUCCCCUUCUGCUUCGCUCUGACAAUCAUACCCAUAAACCCCCGUUUUCCUCCUUCCAGUUCGAUCGUACAGCUAUCUAAUUACCUCCAGUGCCAAAAUUGCUCGGCCGUCACACGACGACCCUUUCAUAAUCCAUUGAUACCCCAUUGUAAAGCCCCCUUGUUUAUUUUACGCGAUACCCCCAACCAUAAAUUGUAAUCAUGACGAGCAAGGCGGUCAACGUUCCUGUGAACGAGAAGCUGAAGGAGCAAGAUGUCAACAACAAGCUCCAGCUUUAUGGCAUCUACUCUGCCUUUGCCAAUGGAAAGGUUCCUUCGAAUCAACAAAUCGAUGUUGCGUUGAACAGUUUCCUGGCAUCGAAAGCCUUAUCGAAGCCAUCAGACAAGUUGUCUGAGGAAGGCAAACAACUGGUUGCCGACUUCCGCGACGUCGUUGAGAAAGCUAAAAUUCUUCUCUUGACCAAGAACGAGGGCAAUCUUUUGCAAGACUUCAUUUGGCAAACGCAACAGAUUAGUGGCGGCGACGCUACUAAACCAAACGCUCCUAUUGAUAAAGCUACUGCGAAACAACAUGGUAACGAAGCUCUUGAGGGUCUAAGAACACUUGGAACCCUGAUUAUUUCCAAUGGCCAAUUUCGCAAGCUUCUCAACGAUGCCACCAUUCUCUUGCGCUCAAUUGCCGGUGACGCGGCCACAAAGACCGCAAGUAAGGUCCAUCCUGGCGAAGAGCGCUUGAACCAGAUCGACGAACCUGCGCCGGACAAUACGUGGCACGACGUCCCCGACCUCACGCCAGCAAAUUUGAAGAAGCAGGCUAAAGCCAUAUAUGACGAGAGAAAGCCCUUUAGUUCGAAACAGGUAGAGGAAGCCGCUCGAGAAGCCUCCGCUGCAGCUCAUCCCGAUGGAUCUACCGACCCAGCAGGCACUGCCCAGCUCGCUGCUCGUGACCAGCAGCAGGGCACUUCCAGUGGUGUGGAUGCCGUCGCGGGUGCCAACGCUGCGUUUGACAAGCUGCGUACCGAAGCAUCGAAUAAUGUUUCCGAAGACACUAAGGACCAGGCUCGGAAUUAUAAGGCUCGCACACAGAAUUAUCUCCAGAGCAAGAUGCCCAAGGAGAGACGCGAACAGACCAUUUGGCGUUUGAAGAAGAUGGUCGUUGAAAUCCAGGGUCAUCAAGACUAUCAACGCGCUAUCGACACCCUUCUUCGCCUCGCCGAAGAGUAUGGUGGUCAUUCCAAGACCAUUGCAGCUCAAGGCUCAGGCGCAAUCAAAGGUGCCCACACCGAUGAUAGUUUGCAACUUGCUGAGGCUGAUCUUAAGACUCUGAUCGAACGCUUCGCAAAUGGAACAUCAUCCGACGACCUUUUCGAUGCGAUUAAUCAAAUCUAUCGCGAUGCUGACCAAGAUUCAGAACUCAAAGGUUGGUUCAAGAAGAUGGAUGCCUACAUUCGUAGAGUUCUGAAGGAGCCGGGUUACAUUAUGCAAGACGCCUCUACCAACGACUGGAAUGCUCUGUACGAUCAGGGCCAAUUCCUUCUCCGUGACAAGUAUCGUGCGCAUACCGACCGUGUGCUUGACGAGAUCAAAUUCUUCGCAAAUGAAUUCGACAAUGACCCUCAAAACAAAGCAUUCGCGGCGUCGAUGAAUAAACUGUUCAAUGAUCUCGGCCAGGACAAGAAUGGCAAACCAACAUUCAAGCCACACCUCGUCAAGGACAUCACCGAUGUCAUCCUGCCAGCUGCCUUUGAGCAUAUUCGUUACGUUCCAAUCCCAAGAAUCGAGGUAUCUGAUCCUAUGGUUGACGCAGUUAUCGAAAAUCUAGUCAUUGAGAGCGACAAUCUUGCUCCGAACGUUCUCGAGUUUGGCAGCGACAACUACUGGCGUUGGGGUCGCAAGAAGAUUGCCAGCAAAAAUAAGAACAAGGUCAUGCUGUCCGUCUCAGGUGUACAGCUUGAUCUUCGUGACGUUGCAUUUUACGUCAAGAAGAAGCAAGGCUUUCCAUCGAUCAGCGACAUAGGUGUUGCUGACAUUUUCAUGGGCGGAGAAGGUUUGAGCUUUAAAAUCAAGGCUGAGACUGCCGAUGCAAAGGACCGCCAGAACUUCUUCAAGAUUGAGAAGGUUGAUGUUGACAUCAAGAACGUCAAUAUCAAGCUCAAGAAGUCUAAGCAUAAGAUCUUGUUCGCCCUCGCUAAACCUAUUGUUCUCAAGGCCCUUCGACCUGCGCUCCAGAAGGCUAUCGAGAAGCAGAUUAAGGACGCUGCACACAAACUUGACGGUCUCCUCUAUAACAUCAAGUUGGAAGCUGAGAAGGCACAGGCAGAUUUCGAAGCGGAUCCAACACCAGAGAAUGCUCAGAAUAUGUGGCAGCGAUAUGUAACUGCUGCAAACAAGCAACUGAUGCAGGGUAAGGAGAAGAAGGCUCAAUUGGAGCAACGUGCCAAGCAGACCAAGGUCAAUGCUGCGGUUACGAAGCAUGAUUCUAUUUUCCCAAAUAUCAGCUUGCCAGGCGGUAUUUCUACCAAGGCAACAGAAUACAAGGAACUGGCACGCAAAGGAGACAAAUGGGAAUCGCCAGUCUUUAGCAUCGGUUCUGCAAAAGAAACCACGAAUCUACCACCUGCGCCGAAAAUUAUCCGCAAGCCUCACGCCACGGCAGGAUCUACGACCACUGUGAGCACACAGGGGUUCAGCAACCAGGUUGACCAGGCAUUCGGCAAGACCAAUGGUGUAACCAACGGCAAUACCAUGCUCGGCGCCCAGAAUCCAGUGCUGAACGGUUCUGCUUAAAUUUCGUCAUACUUCGUCUCAAUGCCAAAAAAAACCAUACUGCACAUACAGCAGUUACUCAGGCCGGAACAGAAACAGAUUGGACCUUGAAACUGUAGAAGGGAAAAUUACUUGAUGGAUGAUGAGGGGAAUACACAAGCGAGAGAUGUUUUAUUUUGUGAUACCACUAAGUGCGAUCGCUGGAGCCUUUUCGUGCUUGGACCUUGUCGUAUCCGGAAGUAAUGCGUUGGAAAAGCGUCGACCAUGAACGAUUGCUUGUUGGGUGGGCACGGAUAUAACGACGGUCAAGUUUAUUGUGUGAAAAUUGGUAACAAAGGCAAUCGCAUGUGUUGCUAAGACGGGUUUCCUUUGUGCAUCCUGUAAUGUAGCUAUAACAAAAAUCGAAUAUGUAGAAUCGCUUAACGUUCAGGUGUCUCAAAUCGAAUCCUACGGCAUCAACCUUCGACAAGAA